GGCUGUAGCCGCCGCCGCGCGCUCCGGAGGGCUGGAGGGAGGGGGAGGCCUGUCAGUCUCGCGCGUUGCCUGGGCGAAGGGGGCGGAGCUUUGGCGUGGAGCGGCCAAUAGUGGGGGUGGCUGCGUGGGUCGCCAUGGGGACGGGGCUGUUCCCGAGGAGGCUGUGAUGGGUUGACAGGUGCGUGACAGUGGGAGCUGCUCUCGGCACAAGCAUGUACGGCAAAGGCAAGAGUAACAGCAGCGCCGUCCCGUCCGACAGCCAGGCCCGGGAGAAGUUAGCACUCUACGUAUAUGAAUACCUGCUCCAUGUAGGAGCUCAGAAAUCGGCCCAAACAUUUUUAUCAGAGAUAAGAUGGGAAAAAAACAUCACAUUGGGGGAACCACCAGGAUUCUUACAUUCUUGGUGGUGUGUAUUUUGGGAUCUCUACUGUGCAGCUCCAGAAAGACGGGAAACAUGUGAGCAUUCAAGUGAAGCAAAAGCCUUCCAUGAUUAUAGUGCUGCAGCAGCUCCCAGUCCAGUGCUAGGAAACAUUCCCCCAGGAGAUGGCAUGCCAGUAGGUCCUGUUCCUCCAGGGUUCUUUCAGCCUUUUAUGUCACCUCGGUACCCUGGAGGUCCAAGGCCCCCAUUGAGGAUACCUAACCAGGCACUUGGAGGUGUCCCAGGAAGUCAGCCAUUACUUCCCAGUGGGAUGGACCCAACUCGGCAACAAGGACAUCCAAAUAUGGGUGGGCCAAUGCAGAGAAUGACGCCUCCGAGAGGAAUGGUGCCCUUAGGACCACAGAACUAUGGAGGUGCAAUGAGACCCCCACUGAAUGCUUUAGGUGGCCCUGGAAUGCCUGGAAUGAACAUGGGUCCAGGUGGUGGUAGACCUUGGCCAAACCCAACAAAUGCCAAUUCAAUACCAUACUCCUCAGCAUCUCCUGGGAAUUAUGUAGGUCCUCCGGGAGGUGGAGGGCCACCAGGAACACCCAUCAUGCCUAGUCCAGCAGAUUCAACCAAUUCUGGAGACAACAUGUAUACUUUAAUGAAUGCAGUACCUCCUGGACCUAACAGGCCUAAUUUUCCAAUGGGCCCUGGUUCAGAUGGACCCAUGGGUGGAUUAGGAGGAAUGGAGUCACAUCACAUGAAUGGCUCUUUAGGCUCAGGAGAUAUGGACAGUAUUUCCAAGAACUCUCCCAAUAAUAUGAGCCUGAGUAAUCAACCGGGCACUCCAAGGGAUGAUAGCGAAAUGGGGGGAAAUUUCUUAAACCCUUUUCAGAGUGAGAGUUACUCCCCUAGCAUGACAAUGAGUGUGUGACCCAUCACCAAGUCUCCUCAUGAAAACCACAGUGAGUCAGCCCUUCACAGAACUGCUAGGGAAGAAAAUUACUCAUCACAUGUACAGUUAAGCAAAGGAAUCUCAGUCGCACCAAACCAACCUUUUUAUUUCCUGCUCUCUCCCCUAUUUUGUGAAGAAAGCGGGUCCAAAUGUGAUUCAAACAACUGUACGGAGCGGCCUCUUAGGAUUGCCCUGAAAUGAACUGCAAGUAAUGAUCUGUGUGUGUAUAUGUGUGGGAAAGAGAAUGUAUUGUAUAUGUGUAUGUUACAUGGACAUGUGCACAUGCAUACAUUGACCCACAGGACACUGUAAAAUAUUAUCACAUGACAUCUUAAGUAGAAAUACGUAGGGACUUUUAUUCCACCCUUUUUUUUUCACGUUUACAUUUUAAUUAUUAAAAGUUGCUCCUGCCCCUCCCUGAACUAUUUUGUGCUGUGUAUAUCACUGCUUUAUAUAAGUUAUUUUUUAAGGUGAACUCAGAUGUUAUGGUUUUGUAAAUGUCUGCGAUCAUGGAUAGGAAUAAAAUCGCUUAUUUGAGAGCUUUCAUUAAAUUGCGUCUGAUGCAAGUUACCCUGUGAAUCACAAAGUGUACUGUCUCCAAAAAAAAAAAAAGGAAGAAGAAACUGUGUCUUCAUCUUUAUGUCAAAUCAAACAAUUUCUCAGUUACCUUCAGUGAAAAUAUUUUUGUACCUUUUGUUUAAAAAAAAGAAAAAAAACUUCAACAAAGGCGUAACUGGGACCUAACAGUAAAUUUCUGCAGUAACUGCUUUAGAUGGAAUUCUUGAUUUGUUUGUCUUAGAUGAUACAGAAAAUCAUUAAUUAGUACCAGUUGCUUAGACCAUAGCAAUAAAGUGACAGGGCUUGUCUUGUUUUUAGCAACAUAUUUUCUUUUUACCACUAUAAAGACCAGAGUGAUAAGAAAACAUUUGCUGGAAUUUGUCGCUUCUCACCAGGAAUACUAGAACUAAGUUUUCAAUAACAUACUAAUGUGAAAUGGUAUCUGAUUUUUAUUGUGGCCUCUUGUGAACACGUCCACAUAAACACUGCAAAGAAGAUGCAUUCAGCCGGCUGAGACUUUCAGCAGGAGGAGGAAGAGUUGCUGCCACACCCGGGGCCCUGGAGCGCUGCCUCCAUCAGGUGUCCUGCUUCCCAGCAGCAGGCUUGACUGGUCACGGUCCCUGCUGUGCCCACCUUCUCACUGGCAGCAGAGCGCCGCUUUCUUCCCAGGACACAGGACUGACUUAGAAGGAAAUCAUUUAGAUGAUUUAAAUGCAUUUCAUUUGGCCAUUGACUUCAGCAGGCUAAAUCUACAGUUCAGGAAAAAAAAUGAGUAAAUGUUAGAGAAAAAAAAAAUUUUUUAAGUCACUUUUCUUAUGAAAGCCCCUUGCUCUGGCACUUUCCACAUCUUUUGGGUUUUUUGUGUGUAACCAUAGGUACAAACCCCAAAAUCGCGAUGGAAAAGUGUGACAGUUUUAAUUGUAGAUUCUAAAGGAUAAGUUGUUGAUCAUUUCUGUUAAAAUUGUGAUUCAAAUAACCAUUGAUAAACAUCAACUAUAUUUUCAAACUCCA